GAUCACUUUUUUCACUUUUCUUGCGAUCGUUGCUCUCGUUUGUGGGGGAAACCUUGCGAGACAUUCAUUGGCGAGAUGUUGGGCUUGGACGUCUGCGAGUUUGGUGGACAGUUUCUCGAACUGCUCUGGUUAACGGUGUGCUACAGAGGCCUCAUGGCAGAUAAGGAGAGCACGGUUCCUGUGACUGAGGAGGAGGACGAGCGUGAUCUGAACUACCAGCCUCCAGCUCAGAAGAGCCUGCAGGAGAUCCAGGAGCUCGAUAAGGAUGACGAAAGCCUGAACAAGUACAAGCAGACUCUGCUGGGAUCAGGACCUGUGGUGUUAGACCCCAGUGUUCCUAAUGUUCAGGUGACGAGGCUGACGCUGAUGUGUGAUCAAGCUCCUGGACCCAUCACUAUGGAUUUAACAGGUGACCUUGAGGCUUUGAAGAAACAGAACUUCACUAUGAAGGAGGGCGUGGAUUACAGAGUGAAGAUCCACUUUAAGGUCAACAAGGAGAUCGUGUCUGGGCUGAAAUACGUGCAUCUAACCUACAGGAAAGGAAUUCGAGUGGAUAAAGCCGUGUACAUGGUGGGCAGCUAUGGGCCGCGGGUCGAGGAGCACGAGUUCAUCACUCCGGUGGAGGAGGCUCCCAAAGGCAUGAUCGUCCGAGGUACCUACCACAUCAAGUCCUACUUCACGGACGACGACAAGACGGACCACCUGUCCUGGGAGUGGAAUCUGCAGAUCAAGAAGGAUUGGGACAGCACCGAGUAAAAGGGCUACGUCCCAAACGCACCUGCGCCACACGCACAGGGCCUAGCGCAUGUAGGAAAGGCGCACGGAGAAUGGGGGUUGGAUUAGGGUUGGGUUCAAAAAAUGACCAAGAGUCAAAUCAGUGCAAACAUACAGUACUUCAAAGGGAUGUUCAUGAAAUACAACACAACACAAAGCAAGACAUUAAUGGAGGCUCAUUUGCUAAAGAACACGCCGUAUAAACGACAGAGAUAAAUUCCUUGUGCCCGUACGUACGCUCAGGUUAGUCCGUGUCUCUUUUGAACUGUAAAAUGUGUGUAAUUAUGAUGUCUGUAAUUCUUGCAAUGCAUUUAAUAAAGUUCCUGCCGGAGCUUGAGAGCAGAACCAUGCAUGCCUCAGUGUGAAGCGAUUGUGCAAGUGGCUAGAAUUCUGUCCUGACGCUGUAAUCAGACAUUCGUGAAAACCUGCUGGGUCCAGACUUGCGUUCCAAUACUGGCUUUAACACGCCCAUGGCGACUUCCCCUAGCAUGUAGGGGGGAGCGGAAUUUUAAAAGCAAAAUGCACUUGACCUUGAAGCACAAUCUAACUGAACUAUGACCUCUAUAUGUACUGCUAAAGGGACUUGCUAGUAAAUUUACGUCAGGUGUCAGGUAUAGAUGGAAUAUUGCGCUACAUAAAACACAAUUUGUGCGGAAAUCUGAUAUAUGGCCGUAAAUGAACAUUCACUCUGAGGAAAAAAGUUAAAUCUAGAGAGAAACAAAUGCCUAAAGUGACCCGACACGCGAGCGUCUACGUUUUAAGAAUUCCUUUAGAAAUCAAGAAGCAUUAAUAAUUCAUAGAACCCUUAGUACAUCAUAAAGUAUGGGACAUUUUACAUACGAGUUAUGUCCAAGUGAUAGUGAUGUGUCAUUUGCGAACAAGUCAAUCCAAAGAAUCGACCCUUUUAGCUGAAGAUCGAGAGUCGACCCAAACAUAUGAGCCAUUUUUUCUUCUGUUUUUGUAUAUGAAGCCACGACAUUACUUUUGCGGCGCAAUGAAAUUUCUUGGUAACAUCUGAGCCAAUUGUUAGCGUGUAUUCAUCUUCAGGAAUGUGGUGGAUUUGUUAAUUAGAUCAGGUAUAACUUCCAUGCAUGUCACAUACCAUGUGAGUGUUCGCUCAGCUACAUCAUUUCCAACGUCAUCAUUAUGUUUUAUUUAAAAAACUUGUUCUGAGUGGCCAAAAUAUUUAGGGAGCUGAAAGAGUCAACUCUUUUUUCAAAUGAUCAAACUAUCUGACUUGCUAAAAAGAGACAGAAUUUGCAUCACUAAACUUUGAAUCCCUCGAAGGGAAAACCUCAUUGAUGUUAUUACAUAGUGGUACAUAGAACCUACUGGAAAAUUCCAUUGGAAUUUUUCCCCCCCAAAAUAGUGUACAUACAAUAAAUGUUGUUAACAUAAAUGUAGAUACAAUUCAUGUAUACUGUAUAUAUGAAUAAUAUAAGGAUAAUAUAUAGAUGAAUACAGUUUAUACAUAUUACUCAUCUUCCUUUUUUAUUAAAAUCAUUAGACAUAAGGGGGUGCGGGGGUGGGGUGCAAACGUUUGCACUCCACUGUAUGUGUCAUAUAGUGGAACUCCAUAUAUGGCCAUAGAUCAGGUUUCCAUGAGAGGCAUCAGAUAUUAUAUAUUUUAAAUAUUAUAUACUCUAUUGCUCCAGUUUAUAUUCAUAACCAACUUCAUCCUCAUAUUUUACAUGACAUCAUGUCUCAGUGCGUUCUGGGUAAAUUCUGUUCCUGAAUCCGACACCGACGACCCCUCGGCUUUCAACAGUUGAGAGUUCAUCGGACAAAGUAUUAAAUGUGAGGAAGUCUCCGAGGGCACAUUAGAAACAAUAUUGGAACGCAGCCUAAAUUUCACUUGUGCCAGAGUUUUUCCAGGUUUGCGUGCAAAUAAUUAACGCUAUAAUUAAAUCCACACAAAAUCAUUUGUUAAAAUUCAAAGCUUUUGUCUGCCUUCUUUGCUCAUGCAGCAUCUAGGAGCUUCUUAUAAAUCUUCACCUUGAUGAUAUUGUUUAAUAAAAAAAAAAAACAACAUCCCAUUAUUCAUUAAAGUGAUCAUGUACCUCUAUGUGGCCUCUUCAUGUAAUAAAUCAUUAAACCCACUAUGAAUAUAAAUGGUCAUGUGCCAAGCUGUGAAAUAUUACAUGCAAAAUCAAUCACAUGGCUCCAGAGGACGACAUUUUAAAAAGAGAAAUGUUAAAGAAUAUAUAUAAUGUGUAAUGAUAUGAAUCACACUUUUUUGUAAUUGUAUCCACAGUCAAAAAGUAAAUAUCUCUUCAAUUAAAAAAAAAAAAAACAACUCAGAUUGUUCCUCACAUGCUUUUCUAAAAUGGCUGUAAUUACUUCACUAUUUUCAUAACUAGAUGUAAUCCUGAAUAUCUGUAAACUGCAUGUUCAUUUUUUAAUGCAACUUUAAACAUUUUCCCCCCAUUCUCAUCUGUAGAAAUAUUGAAAGCAGGUAUUAAGUGAUGGUAUGAGUCUGGUCUUUGGCUUGUGAUUUUGUGGCUAAAAGAUCAACAUUCAAGAUUUACUGUACUUCUUUUCAUGCAUCUUGCAUUUUUACAAUAAAGUCAACAAAUAAAGCUUGGCUUCAUCCAUG